AUGCGAACUGGGGGUGGUCACGGUGGAUAUGGUCGUGCGCGGGAGGGUUCUAGUGCCAUCACGUGUCCGAAAAAGUUCACGUUGAUUUGGCGCGGCCCGCUCACGGUCCCGCCGACCCCUUCAGACGCUGGCAAGUUUCUCGGGGCAUUUGGGCAAACGUACAUGAGGAAACUUACCAUUGAUAAUUUCCAGAGAGAUAUUAUCAUUAUGAAUUUGAUCAGCCUAUUUAUAGCGUACAUAUCUAUUGUUCUCGAAGCCGAUGUCUGUAUUAUUCAAGAUGUAGGUACUUUGAAUUCACUCUUCAUACCACCCGAGUAUAUUCUCAGGAUUCCUCCUCCUGCACCAGGAGAGAAGGCAUGGUUUGAGAAGCUAGAUCCGCAUAUGACUCAAGAUCUUCUGAAUGAGAUGUCUCAAGAAUUUGCCAGCAUAUACAAGUCAUGCAGAGAAUGGUUGGCUCUCACGCGUUUCGUAGCAAAAGGGAUUGUUAAACCUUCGACGCCGAGCCCCAACCCGGCAAGAAGCCCCGCUGAGGAGAAGGAAAUACUGCCACCACCUCCCCCACCUCCUACAUUUCACAAAAAAGUAGAUUUAUCGGAGUAUAAGGUGAGGUACAGCUUGGUGCAAGGUUUUUGAAG